AUGCGGCACGAGGUCGUUGAACUCACUGGCCGCCACGACACUCCGCGUAAACAACAAAUGCAGCGCGGGAAACCAAACCAUCCCCUGCCCUGCUCGGGUCAUGUGGUCAGCGGGCCAGGGUCGUGGCACGGCAUGAUGCGACGCGCGUCUGACGUGCUUGCUUGGCCGGUGGUGGCUUGUCUACUGCUACUGGCAUAUGCACCUAUAGAAGCUGCUCCCAACGAGCAGCUAGCUCCGGGAAUAUGCCCUUCAAUGGACAUAAGGAAUUACCCGGAGCACAUCUCGAGGCUGAAAGGUUGCCAAGUUAUCGAAGGCCAGCUCAGCAUCGUGCUUAUGGAACGUGCCACUCCCAAGGUCUUCGAGAACAUAAGCUUUCCAGAACUGAGAGAGGUCACCGAUUAUAUUAUAAUUUAUAGGACCAAAGGUGUGCAGAAUUUAGGAUCACUUUUCCCAAAUCUCGCAGUGAUACGGGGAAAUCGACUAUACAAGGAUUUUGCUCUUGUUGUAUUCGAUAAUGAACACCUCGAAUCUCUGGGGCUUCGUUCUUUGGUAAAGAUUGUGGAGGGUGGCGUACGAAUACAACAGAACGACAAACUUUGUUACGCCAACACUAUCGACUGGUCGCGAAUAACUUCUGAGAACGCUGUUAACAUUAUUAGAUUGAACUAUGACACGCGACUGUGUGGGCUGUGCCCAAACGCACAGAGUCGAGUCGGGUCUGGUUUGGUGGAGGAUCGUCGACUUCAGUGUCCGUCUGACGCAUCUGGCCGUCUACUCUGUUGGAAUGACAAACAUUGCCAAAAGAUAUGUCCUGGAUGUGGUGACCAUGGCUGUCUGGAUAAUGGUACCUGUUGUAAUACAUCGUGCUUGGGUGGCUGCGAUGGAAUUACGGAAAAAGAUUGUUAUGCCUGUCACGGGUACUCUUUGGGAUAUGGCAAAGAUCGGAAAUGCGUGACUUCUUGCCCCGCUAAUACUUAUAGGUUGGCUAGCCGCUGCGUGACGGAGGAACAAUGCCGUAAAACACCAGCUCCGUCCGACGCAAGCAGAGCAGCGACAAAGGAAAAGGAGAGAGGAACAUACAAAAUAUCGGGGAGGGACUGCGUUUAUACUUGUCCCAUUGGGUACAUGGAGAAAGGCAGCGCAGGGAAUGCGACAUGUCAGCCUUGUCCACCAUCAGGCUGUAACAAAGUAUGUUCGGGAGGGAAGAUUGACUCCGUUGCAUCUGCCGAACAGUUCCGUGGAUGUACACAUAUAAACGGCAAAUUAGAAAUUUCCAUUCGUAAUUCGGGGGGUAAAUUAACUGCACUGGGUGAAAUCCGUGAGAUCACUGGCUCGCUGCAAGUUGUGCGUGCAAAUCCGCUGGUUUCGUUGAUGUUUCUGAAAAGCCUUAAGGUGAUUCGUGGAGCCUGGGAAGAGAAAGAGAAAAAUAAAGGACACGCGUUGCAUAUACUUAACAACCCGAACCUGGAGCUGUUAUGGGAUUGGAAGACACACGGCAACAUUACAAUCACUGGGGGUGCGCUGUUUAUACAUUUGAACCCAAAACUGUGCUACAACACGAUUCUUCCACUUAAAAACAUGACCUUUGAUCCCAUCUCCAACUUUACUGAACUGGAGGUGUCUGAAGAAAAUAAUGGAAAUCAGGCGUCAUGUUUUGAAGACCAGUUACAAUUAAGAGUGAGUCAGUUGUGUCCAACUGCGGCAGUGCUGACGUGGAACAUGUACUGUCCUGACGAUAUUCGAACGCUGCUCGGCUACUCCGUCUACUACAUCGCCACUAACGAUAACGUUACGCCUUACGAACAGAGAGAUGUGUGCAGCGAUAUAUGGAAUGUCCUCGAUUUGACUAUAGACGAAGCCCGUAAUGGGACACGCGAUGAUUUUGGAAACGAGACUGAUCUGUUCAGUCCCUGUCGACACAUGCAGCCAUCGUUUUACCCGCUCUCCCACCUGACUCCGUACACGCGUUACGCGGCCUAUGUCAAGACUUAUACAACGAAGCAGGAGAAGAAAGGGGCCCAAAGUUCCAUCAUUUACUUCACAACUUUACCAGGACGGCCGAGUCCACCACGAGGCUUGUUAGUAGAUGCAUUAACACCACACUCGUCGAACAUAAGAUGGUUAUCGCCGUUGAUGCCGAACGGCACAAUUAUGUUGUAUCACAUAGAGGUGCAGGCUAACAGUUACAACCAACCGAAGAUAUUAUCAGGAAACACUAACUAUUGUGCAAAUCCAAGAACCUUGGUAAACCUGAUAACGCCAGGGUCAGAGGAUUCUACAGAUUCUCAAAAAAUGGAUAUAACGGGUAACGUGACCAACGGAACGUGCUCGUGCGACGAGCCAAACAAGCCAAGCACCCGCUUCAACUCGCAAGCAGAGGACGAACGUAUGGAGAGCAUUACAUUUGAGAAUGAUUUACAGAAUGCGGUUUACAAAAAGACCGAGAGAAUAAAAGUAAAAAAUGUAGUUAGCAGGUUAAAGCGAUCCAUCGAUUCUGCGUUAAAUAGCAAGCUUGUUAAAUUGACCGAGAACAAUACUCCAAAGAAAGGACAGGUCUACAUUAACACCACAGAUGAAGAAGGAUAUGUGAGGUCCGUCUACUUCGACCUGAGUGGCAAUACUACGACGCUAACGGUGAACAACAUGCGCCAUUUCACUUGGUACACGGUCAAUAUAUGGGCCUGCCGAGCACAGCAUGUCAACGAGAGCACAGAUGCGUAUGAUCUCACCUGGUGCUCUGACCGAACGUACAACACCUUCCGCACUUCACAACGAGUGGAUGUGGAUGUAGUAAGCAACUUGCGUGCCGAAGUGGUGGUGUCGAACAAAACACUUGGGGAAGUGAACGUGACGUGGAAGCCGCCGGAAAACCCCAACGGAUUCGUCGUAGCGUACACUGUGCACUACUCGCGCAUUGAAGAUAAUGGACAAAAUUCAGAUGUAGGUCUGCAAAGCUGUUUAACGGCGGCCGAUUACGAGGCUAACGGACGAUCGUACACGUUACGUAGUCUCGCACCCGGUAAUUACAGCGUCGAAGUCACUCCUAUCACCGUCGCCGGCGCAGGAAACGUUUCCACUGUAGUUCCUCUAAUCGUUAUACCGGAGAGAAUUGCCGACUCUGGUGCUGAAUGGAUUUGGGGUGUAGUGGGGGGUUGUCUAAUAAUGAUCCUGUUUCUGGCCGGAGCAAUUUGGUAUAUUCGCCGCGGACUUUUAUCGACCGCUGAAGCCAAUAAACUCUUCGCAAGCGUCAACCCUGAGUAUGUGUCCACUGUGUAUGUUCCUGAUGAGUGGGAGGUACCGCGGACAAAUAUCGAGUUCGUCAGGGAGCUUGGACAGGGUUCAUUUGGAAUGGUGUACGAAGGCAUUGCGAAAAAUAUAGAAAAAGGAAAAUCGGAAAUACGAUGUGCUGUUAAAACUGUGAAUGAACACGCAACUGAGAGGGAGCGGCAAGAGUUUUUGAACGAGGCUUCAGUGAUGAAGGCGUUCGACACGUUCCACGUUGUGAGGCUGCUGGGCGUGGUGUCGCGCGACCAGCCCACGCUCGUCAUCAUGGAGCUCAUGAGGCUCGGUGACCUUAAGACGUACCUGCGCUCGCACCGCCCCGACGUGGACUCGUCGUUGCCGCGCAAGGGGCCGCCCGUCACGCCGCCCACGCUGCAGAAUAUACUGCAGAUGGCUAUAGAAAUAGCCGACGGUAUGGCUUACCUAUCGGCCAAAAAAUUUGUGCACCGCGACCUUGCGGCGCGCAACUGCAUGGUCGCCGAGGACCUCACCGUCAAGGUGGGCGACUUCGGCAUGACCAGAGACAUCUACGAGACUGAUUAUUAUAGGAAAGGCACCAAGGGCCUACUGCCGGUGCGAUGGAUGAGCCCCGAGAGCCUAAAGGAUGGGGUCUUCUCCAGUAGUACAGAUGUGUGGAGUUAUGGUGUCGUCUUAUGGGAGAUGGCGACACUAGCAAUGCAGCCGUACCAGGGGCUGUCCAACGAGCAGGUGGUGCGGUACGUGGUGGAGGGCGGCGUGAUGGAGCGGCCGGAGCAUUGCCCGGACCGCCUGUACGAGCUAAUGCGCGCGUGCUGGUCGCACCGCGCGGGCCUGCGGCCCACCUUCCUGCACCUCGUGGCCGACCUGGCGCAGACCGCGCAGCCGCACUUCCGCCACCGCAGCUUCUUCCACUCGCCGCAGGGCCAGGAGAUGUACUCGCUGCAGCGCACCGCCAUGGAGGAGGAGCAGGAGCUUCCGGAGGUGAACGUGGGCGCCGUGGCGACGGGCUCGGGCUCGAACCUGUUCGGCGUGUCGGGGCGGCUGGCGUCGUGGGUGCGCGAGCUGUCGUCGGUGCAGUCGCGGCGCUCGGACGACGCGGCGGCCGAGCCGCUGCAGCCGCUGGGCGCGGCGCCGCUCAUGGCGGGCUGCAACGGCACCGCGCCGCCGCCGCCCCGCUAG